AUAACGAUUGGAUAAAAAUGUUUUCUUGAAAUCAAGCCAUAAGUAAAUAAAUGGCACACCAAAUAAAUGAACGCAUCUGGUGAAGAAAAUCAAAAAGAAGGGACAUAACUCCAAUCAAUAGCAAAAAAUAACAAAAGCUCUCAAAAAUAUCCAUAUGAAAAUUAAGAAAAGCCCCGAAGGUGAAGUAGCCAUCAAAUGAAUGAGACAAGGAUCUAUCAAAUGUGCUCCUGAGGAAGUUCCAAGUUCCAAGAUCGAAGUUUCAUGACGUCACCAUGGCCUAGUUGAGGUGUUGUGAAAAACUCUCUUAUUUCACUCAAAAUCUCGGUCUGUUUAUGGUCGCGGGACACUCGGACACAUUCAUGAUCAACAGUGACAUUCACCGAGCGUACAGAUAACGCCUGAGAAACCGUAGCAGAGGCUGAAAACUGGUGGAAUUAUGUCCCGUCAUGAAGGUGGGAGUGUCAGCAGUGGUCUGUUUUCUCCAUCUUCACGCGAGUCGAUGGAUCCCAUUGCUGAGUUACUCUCGCAGCUUUCGGGAGUGCGUCGAGCCACGGCAAGUGACAACUCCUCUUCUGCUGCCUCACAGCUGCAACAGUUGCAGAUUCAGUUAGAACGGCAGCAGGUAGCAGGCCAGCCAACCAGCCAGGCUGCUGGUCUUCGUCAGCAGUUGGAGCGACUUCCUAGACGUGGUGGAGGUCCCAGCACCGGAGGGGUUGGCAGCGGGGCAAGUGGAAGCGCAUCGAAUAGUGGCGGCGGGAGUGGAGGGGGUGGAGGGGGCAGCGGAGGAGGAGGGAGCAGUGGUAGUCACAGUGGAGUCAUGGUCAACCUUGGGUCGAGCAGCACAGCGAAUGUGGUGACGACCCACCACCAGCCUCCUCCGCUACUAGUCCAGCCCACGUCCCACUCACAACCACAAUCACAGUAUCUCCUGGCAAGGUGA